AUGAGCACGGAGCUGGCAGCAAUGGGGCCUGGAGCUUCGGGAAAUGGGGUCAGCACUACGACAGUUCCACGCUCAGCGCCGGGUCCCGGAGUCAGCCUGCACGCCUACGAUAUCGCCGUCCUAGUUGUCUACUUUGUCUUCGUCAUCGGAGUAGGGGUCUGGUCAUCCAUUCGUGCGAGCCGAGGGACCAUCGGCGGCUACUUCCUGGCAGGGAGGUCCAUGAGCUGGUGGCCGAUCGGAGCAUCUCUGAUGUCCAGCAAUGUGGGCAGCGGCUUGUUCAUCGGCCUGGCUGGGACGGGGGCUGCUGGAGGUCUUGCUGUGGGUGGCUUUGAGUGGAAUGCAACCUGGCUGCUUCUGGCCCUUGGCUGGAUCUUCGUCCCCGUGUACAUUGCAGCCGGUGUGGUCACAAUGCCGCAGUACCUGAAGAAGCGAUUCGGGGGCCAGAGGAUCCAGGUGUACAUGUCUGUCCUUUCUCUCAUCCUCUACAUCUUCACCAAGAUUUCAACUGACAUCUUCUCUGGAGCCCUGUUCAUCCAGAUGGCCUUGGGCUGGAACCUUUACCUCUCCACGGUGACCCUGCUGGUGGUGACGGCCGUCUACACCAUCACAGGGGGCCUCACGGCCGUGAUCUACACAGACACUCUGCAGACGGUGAUCAUGGUCGGGGGAGCCCUGGUCCUCAUGUUUCUGGGCUUUCAGGAGGUGGGCUGGUACCCGGGCCUGGAGGAGCGGUACAGCCAGGCCCUCCCUAACGUCACAGUCCCCAACACCAGCUGUCACCUCCCCCGGCCCGAUGCCUUUCACAUGCUCCGGGACCCUGUGCGCGGGGACCUGCCCUGGCCAGGCCUCAUCUUCGGGCUCACGGUGCUGGCCACCUGGUGCUGGUGCACUGACCAGGUCAUUGUGCAGAGGUCUCUCUCCGCCAAAAGUCUGUCCCAUGCCAAGGGGGGCUCCGUGCUGGGGGGCUAUCUGAAGAUCCUGCCCAUGUUCUUCAUCGUCAUGCCCGGCAUGAUCAGCCGGGCCCUGUACCCAGAUGAGGUGGGCUGUGUGGACCCCGACGUCUGCCAAGCGAUCUGCGGGGCCCGUGUGGGGUGUUCUAACAUUGCCUACCCCAAGCUGGUCAUGGCUCUCAUGCCCGUGGGUCUGCGGGGCCUGAUGAUCGCGGUGAUCAUGGCCGCCCUCAUGAGCUCACUCACCUCCAUCUUCAACAGCAGCAGCACCCUGUUCGCCAUUGACGUGUGGCAGCGCUUCCGCAGGAACGCAACAGAACAGGAGCUGAUGGUGGUGGGCAGAGUGUUUGUGGUGGUCCUGGUCGUCAUCAGCAUCCUCUGGAUCCCCAUCAUCCAAAGCUCCAACAGCGGGCAGCUCUUUGACUACAUCCAGUCUGUCACCAGCUACCUGGCCCCGCCCAUCACUGCCCUCUUCCUGCUGGCCAUCUUCUGCAAGAGGGUCACAGAGCCUGGAGCCUUCUGGGGCCUCCUGUUUGGCCUGGUGGUGGGGCUUCUACGCAUGAUCCUGGAGUUCUGCUACCCAGCCCCAGCCUGCGGGGAGGAGGACCGCAGGCCGGCCGUGCUCAAGGAUUUCCACUACCUCUACUUUGCACUCCUCCUCUGUGGGCUCACGGCCAUCGUCAUCAUCGCUGUCAGCCUCUGCACAGCUCCCAUCCCCGAGGAAAAGCUGGCUCGCCUGACCUGGUGGACGCGGCACUGCCCCUGCUCUGAGCUGGAGAAGGAGCCCCCUGAGAGCACAGCAGGGACAGCGCAGAUGGCCUCUGGGGAGGGCCCCACAGGGGCGGGAGGAGCAGAAGACCCCAGCCGGGAGCAGCCUGGAGCCCCACGCAGGUCCUGGGGACAGUGGCUCUGGCGCUGGCUCUGCGGGCUCUCAGGAGCCCCGGAGCAAGUGCUGAGCCCCGCCGAGAAGGCCGCCCUGGAGCAGAAGCUGACCAGCAUCGCGGAGGAGCCGCUCUGGAAGCGCGUCUGCAACAUUAACGCUGUGCUGCUGCUGGCCGUCAAUGUCUUCCUCUGGGGCUAUUUCGCCUGA